AUGACCUCAACAAGUCCUAAACUAUCAUCUCCAGCUGAUACAGAUGACCAUAACGGUACAGAUAAUCAUAGUUUUACACAAAGUUCUAGUGAGAAUCACUUAUCAACUUUGAACGAAGAAGAGAUUACAGAUACUCAAAAUUCAACGCGAGAUAGAUCAGCAUCAUCGACGUCAUUGCCUCCUACAUAUGACAUAGCAGUACAUACUCCAAAUCAGGCAACAUCAGAAAGAUUGAAGAGGCCACCAGGAACAGGUUCUUAUACUAGAUUUGUUCAUAAUCGUUCUCGUCAAUCUAAUGCCGUACGAUCAAAUGAACGAGAAUUAUCUACGCUUGAUCCAACAUCGGAUCGUGUUAGUACAAUUCUUGUUUGGCAAAAUUUAACUGUUCAAGCUCGAGAAGAUAAAAAAAAAGAGUUUUUUAAACGUUUGAAAUCAUAUAAAAAUUUCGUACCAAAAAGAAAAUGUUUACUCAACGAUACAAGUGGAGCUAUCACAGGCGGAUUAUGGGCAGUCAUGGGUCCAUCGGGUUCUGGUAAAUCAACUCUUCUCAAUACAUUAGCUUGUCGUUUGGAUGUCAAUACUAUUGUCGAAGGUGAAAUGCGUUUAAAUGGUGCACCAUAUGAUAAUGCUGAAUUAAAACUUAUUGCUGGUUAUGUUAUUCAAGAUGAUUUAUUAAAUGGAUAUUUAACAGUUGAAGAAACAUUAAUGUAUACAGCAAAACUUCGUUUACCACGAGACUUUACUGAUAAAGAACGAAAAGAACGUGUUGAUGAUGUUAUGGCUGAUUUAGGUUUAUCUCAUGUUAACGAUGUUAUUGUUGGUACAGCAUUAAAAAAAGGUAUAUCUGGUGGCGAACGUAAACGUCUAUGUGUUGGUAUGCAACUACUUAGUCGUCCACAAUUAUUAUUUCUUGAUGAACCAACAUCUGGUUUGGAUUCAGUUACAGCACUUGAUUUAGUUAAAACAUUUCAUGCGCUUGCUCAUGGAAAAUCACAGGAAAAAGCUGUUACAAUCGUUUGUUCAAUUCAUCAACCUCAAGCAAAAAUCUUUAAUUUAUUUGAUUCAUUGAUUUUACUUAAAGCAGGUAGUAUAAUGUAUCAAGGUCCAUUAAGACAAGUAUUGGAAGUUUAUCGUUUAGCUGGAUUUCCAUGUCCUCAACAUACGAAUCCAGCUGAUCAUAUAUUAGAUGUUAUAACACCACCGCAUACUGAUCCAAUUCUUGGUACUGCUGAUAUAUCUCUUGAACGUCAAGCAGCUAUUGAUGAAGCAAUUUUAAGUCAUCAACCACCAAUUGAGAUUGAUCUUGAUAUGGGUGUUAACAAACGUAUUGGUCAAAUGAACAAUAUACCACCACGUCCAACAUGGUUAACACAAGUGAGAAUUCUUCUUCGUCGUACCUUUAGAGAACAAUUACGUCAAAAAAGAAUUCUUAUUGCAUCAAUUGUACAAACAAUUAUCACGGCUAUUUUAGUUGGUACUGUUUUUUUAAGAAUUGGCGAUAAUCAAAAAAGUAUUGUACGUCGUGAAUCAGCCGUAUUUUUCUGUGCUGUCAAUCAAGGUAUUUUCGGUGCCUUAAUGGUCAUUGAUUCAUUUCCUGUGGAACGAGAAUUAACCCUACGUGAACGAGCAUCUGGUACUUAUUUUGCAAGUGCUUAUUUUGCAGCAAAAAUUGCUACUGAAACAUUGAUUCAGUUACCAGUACCAAUUGUAUUUUCAUUUAUUGUGUAUUUUCUAAUUGGUUUACAAGCAACAGCUGCAAAAUUUUUUAUUUUCAUGCUUUUUAUGGUAUUAUGUUCAAUUGCAGCAACAUCAUUAGCAUUAUUAGUUUCUGCUAUAUGUAAAACAACAGAUAUGAGUGUAACAGUUUUACCAUUAGCACUUGAAAUAUCACGUUUAUUUGGUGGUUUCUUUCUUGCACCAUCACGUUUACCAAAAUAUUUUGCUUGGCUCGAUGCUUUGUCAUAUACUAAAUAUGCAUUUGUUGGUGCCGCUUUAAAUGAAUUAAGUGAUCUUACGUUGACAUGUACAUUUGACGAACGAAAAAGUCAUAAAUGUAUUGACAAUGGUGAAAUACUUAUACGUGAACGUGGAUACGAUUAUAUUAAUAUAGGUGGUUGUAUUGGUGCAUUAUUAGGUUAUAUUGUUAUAUGUCGUCUUGUGGCUUUUCUUGGUGUUCGAUUUCUUAAAAACUAA